AUCCUUCCCCCGAGCCCCUCCUACCGGCUGCCUCUGGGGCUCGGCGGAACUAAAUGCCUGACCGAAAACCCGGCUGCCGAGCCCCGCCCUCCAGCCCUUGGCUGUUCCCUCGGGUACCCGCGGCGUAACCCCCACCCCAAUUGCAGUGGUCCAGCUCACGGCCCGCAAACCCUCCCCCGCAAGGCACCGUGAGCUCUCCCUCGCGUUUCUCCGCCCCCGCGUCAACUGCAGGGGCCCCGCCCAUAGCCAGUUGCGAGCGGUAGAUCCGACCAACCGGAACUCCCCACCCCCUCUCGCGGCCCGGGGGCCGUAGGAGGCCAGAGUGUGGAGGUAGAGGGGGCAGGAGCCGCGUUAGGGGUCUCGAGUGGACGGGGACCCUGAAGGCGGGGCAUUGGGGCGACCCACGGGUGGAGCCAGCCGUUAAGCAGUCCCACUUCUGUGCCAGGCACUGAACUGGGCUCUUGACGAGCAUCAUCUUUUAAUCCUCAGAACAUCCGGGGGAGCUCCGCAGGGUAUCCUGGGCCAUGAGUGAGCUGAAGGACUGCCCCUUGCAGUUCCACGACUUCAAGUCUGUGGACCACCUGAAAGUCUGUCCACGCUACACAGCAGUGCUGGCCCGCUCUGAGGAUGAUGGCAUCGGCAUUGAGGAGCUGGACACUCUGCAGUUAGAGCUUGAAACCCUGCUUUCCUCUGCCAGCCGGCGCCUGCGGGUGCUGGAGGCCGAAACUCAGAUCCUCACUGACUGGCAGGAUAAGAAAGGUGACCGUCGAUUCCUGAAGCUGGGUCGAGACCAUGAGCUUGGGGCUCCCCCCAAACAUGGGAAGCCCAAGAAGCAGAAACUGGAAGGGAAGGCAGGGCAUGGGCCAGGCCCUGGCCCCGGGCGACCCAAAUCCAAAAACCUUCAGCCCAAGAUCCAGGAAUAUGAAUUCACUGAUGACCCAAUUGAUGUGCCUCGGAUUCCCAAGAAUGAUGCCCCCAACAGGUUCUGGGCUUCAGUGGAGCCUUACUGCGCUGACAUCACCAGCGAGGAGGUCCGCACACUAGAAGAGCUACUGAAACCCCCAGAAGACGAGGCUGAACAUUACAAGAUCCCGCCCCUGGGGAAGCACUACUCCCAGCGCUGGGCACAGGAGGACCUGCUGGAGGAGCAGAAGGAUGGCGCCCGGGCGGCGGCCGUAGCCGACAAGAAGAAAGGCCUCAUCGGGCCACUGACGGAACUGGACACUAAAGAUGUGGAUGCCCUGCUGAAGAAGUCUGAGGCCCAGCACGAGCAGCCGGAGGACGGGUGCCCCUUCGGCGCCCUGACGCAACGCCUCCUGCAGGCCUUGGUGGAGGAAAAUAUUAUUUCCCCCAUGGAGGACUCUCCUAUUCCUGACAUGUCUGGGAAAGAAUCAGGAGCUGAUGGGGCAAGCACCUCACCCCGAAAUCAGAACAAGCCCUUCAGUGUGCCACACACCAAGUCCCUGGAGAGCCGAAUCAAGGAGGAGCUGAUUGCACAGGGCCUGCUGGAGUCAGAGGACCGUCCCGCCGAGGACUCAGAGGACGAGGUCCUUGCGGAGCUGCGCAAACGGCAGGCGGAGCUGAAGGCCCUCAGUGCCCACAACCGCACCAAGAAGCACGACUUGCUAAGGCUGGCAAAGGAGGAGGUGAGUCGGCAGGAGCUGAGACAGCGGGUCCGCAUGGCAGACAACGAGGUCAUGGAUGCCUUCCGCAAGAUCAUGGCUGCCCGGCAAAAGAAGCGGACCCCCACCAAGAAGGAGAAGGACCAGGCCUGGAAGACUCUGAAGGAACGCGAGAGUAUCCUAAAGCUGCUGGACGGGUAGCCUUCACCCCUGCCUCAGGCUGCCUCCCCCUGGUCUAGGGGAGAAAAGGGAGGGAGCCCCAGUUCCUUCUCCGGGCUGCUGGAAGCCUCGUCCUGUGGCUGCCUGUCAGAUGUCGUGUGGCCACAGUCUCUAGAGGACUGGGGCGUUUCCCUGAAGUCUUUCGGCCUAGGUCUGUAUAGCCAGGACCCAGGAGGCCCUGCUGGGCUGGCCUGGUGUCUCUGUUUCGUCCCCAAGAUGAGGGAGACUUCAUUUCUGGGCCUACCUUCCCCCUCUCUGCCACCCCCACCCCACCCCUCUCUCCCUCAAGGACUUCUCCUUUGUGGUUUUGUAAAGUGCAAACUUAAGAGUAAAGUGACUGCUGUGGUUUUUU